AUGCAAAGGGCGAAGGGCCUCCUCAGGCGAGUGCAGCCCGUGAGCAGGUACCCCCUGGCUCGCUAUAUCAACACGAGUAACGUGAAACUUAAAAUAGUAAAAUGUAAACUGUUCGAUAUAGGAGAGGGAAUUUCUGAGGUGGAAAUAACUCAGUGGAACAAAAAGGAAGGAGAGAGUGUGAGCGAAAUGGAGACCCUCCUAACUGUGCAGAGUGAUAAAGCAGCGGUAGAUAUAACGAGCAAGUACAGUGGCGUGCUGGUGAAGAGGUAUGCUGAGGAGAGGGAGAUAAUUAAAAUUGGGUCGUAUUUUUGCGAAAUCGACACGGAGGAUGACAAUGUGGAAGUGGAGGAAGAAAAUGGUGAAGAGGAGGCAGACAAUCAGGCGGAGGGGGCGGUAGAUUCAAAUGAAUCACCUUCAUCAGGUGCAUCCCCCCAAGUGAAGCAACAGGGGAAUAAAGUGUCAACCGUGAAGGCAUCCCCCGGGGUGAAGAAAAAGGCCCAAGAGUACAAACUGGACGUGGACGAAAUUGGAAGUUACUUCAGUAAAGACGCCAUAACUAUGGAGGACGUGGAGCAGUAUCAUCAGAAGGUGAAAAACGGAGAAAUCUCAAAUGCGGGAAGUAACUUAAAUGGAGACGUCCUGGAGGAAGUACCAUUGCAGGGAAUAAAACUAGCCAUGUGUAAAAGCAUGAACGAUUCUUUCAGUAUCCCCCUGUUUCACUUAAACGAAAAAUACAACGUGCAGAAUUUAAUAAAUGCAAGAAAUGAAAUAAAGAAGAGCGUCCUAGAGAAGGAAAACGUCAACGUAACAUUAACGAGCAUUCUGAUCAAGCUCAUUUCGAACGUGUUGAAAGAAUUCCCAUUGCUAAACUCGAAGUUCGAUUCAAGAAAAAAUUCCUACACUGUUUAUAAGAGCCAUAAUGUGUGUAUCGCCAUGGAUACGCCAAAUGGUUUACUCGUGCCAAAUAUAAAAAAUGUGGAAUUGAAAAAUAUGGUUGAAAUACAGAAGGAGCUGACUUCCCUACGUGAUAAAGCCAUUCAGAUGAAGUUAAGCAAAAGUGACAUAACUGGAGGUACAAUCACAAUUAGCAAUUUUGGUGUCAUAGGGGGAACGUUUGCCACGCCAAUUGUUUUUGAUAACCAGGCCUGCAUUAUCGGAUUGUCUAAAAUUGAGAAGCAGCUCUUUUUAAAAAAUGAGAAGAAAGAACUAACCGACUUAUCAGACAUCCUUGUUGCGGAAACGAUGAACUUGACUUAUGGAGCGGAUCACAGGUUCGUCGACGGAGCUAUCCUGGCUCGAUUUUCGAAGAAACUGAACGAAGUCGUGGAGGGUGUCACUUCUCUGGACCCGUACGCCGUGUAG